AUGGGGGACGCGGAGGGGGAGCGGCCGGAGGGAGGCGGCGCUGCCGCGGCGGCGGGCGGCGCCGGCGAGGCUCGGGCGCCCCGAUGGACGGCGUGGCGGCCGGAGGAGAUGGCGCGGACGCGCCGGGGCCGGCGGCGGCGAGCGCAGCCGGAGCUCGGCGAGGCAGGCGCGGAGGAGGCGUCGGGCGCGAGGGCGGCGGUGGCUGGGCUCGGCGGGCCCGCGGCGGUGGGUGGCCGGAGGACCCUAACCCUAGAUCCACCUCCCAUCUCCGCGCCGGACACGUCCGCCGGCGCCGGACGCGUCCAACUGCCGCCCCCGCCCAAUCCGCCUCUGCCACGUGUCCACCCCCGCCGUCUCCGCCGCCGCAGCCCGGAGAGCCAGGAUCGGGCCCUCCCGACCCAUCUCCCCGCGCCGCCGCCCGGGCGCCUCGCCCCGCGCCUCCCGACGCCUCCGCCGCCGGCCACCGUCCGCCGGCGCCCCGCAUCGACCCCAGCACCGCCCGGCACCCUCCGCCCCACCGCCGGAGCGCGCCUCCGCGCCGGUCGCCGCCCCGCCGCCGUCCUACCUCGCCUCCGGCCCCGCCUCCAGCCAGAUCCGGCGAAGGACCGGCCGGAUCCGUCGCCCCGCGCGCUCGCCGGAGCUCCUCGUCGCCGGCGUUGA